CCAUCACCACCACCGCUCCCUCCACCAUUGUGGAAACUUGGGCCCAGCGUGUUAAGCGCACCAUAAAAUCCAAGGUCUCCCCCAAAUGUAUGGCUACUCUCGCCCGCGCCUUUACUUCACCUAGUGAAAACCAUGGUUUCCGCUAUGUGUAUAUCCCUAGCAAAUACCGAAUGCGAACCAAGGCCCUUUGCCAAACUCUUUGUACACUCGGUUUCGAUAAUUCUCGCCUUCUUGAUGUGCAUUACCCCGAUCGCCAGGUCGUCGCUUUGUUGAUCCACAAUGACUACCACGAAACCUUGACCAAUUUGUUUGCUCGUCACAACAUCUCACCCCUCAACGAGUAUAAUCCCCGUGAUCAAUCGCGUCUGCGCGAUCCCAAGUUCGCUGAACUAUCCACGGAGGACCGUCAACGUGAGGCUGAUCAGAUCCACCUCAAGCGCCUUGAACGUGCUCUCCAGUUCAUUCGUGAACCGGUUAAAUUUGCCGUUGCCCGUUCCUUCCACAGCCACAAGUGGAUCGACGAUGAGAUGCUCCGUUCUUUCCUACAAUCGCGAUCCCAACCCACCACCACCCCUGCCAAUCCUUUCACAAUGAAUGAUGAUCAUGACGAACCGAUACAAAUCGCCAGCUCAGACUCCACCAGCACCUCCACCCCCGAAAAUAUCCAUCAAUGAGUGACCCUCUAACGAUCACUUUAUGGAAUGCCAA